GAGACUGCGGUGUUGUUAGUUUGAACAAAAUGGCUGCGAGACCACUGUCAACGAGAGCUCACUGAACGCCUACCAUGAGUGUCCGCUCCGCUGUCUGGAUCCACACAGAAUGUAUUUCCCCGGAGUCGUUACUCACUCUGCAUUCGCGGUAGCCAGCCCGUCGCUAGUCGUCCAACCGGCGACUUAAACUAAAAAAAAAAAAAAACCUAAAAAACAUUUCUUUUGCACUUUAAAACAAGUUGGCUGGCUGGCUGCUGGCUCACGGCCGUCGGCUUGCUCAGCGAGAACUCAUCGGCGAUUUUUUUUUCUUCUUCUUCUUCUUCUUCUUCAACGAAAACUGCCUGAAUUCUCCGGUUUGCAAAACCUUCGCAACGAUCUCAAACGCCAACCAGCUAGCUUACAUCAUUUAGCUGCUUUUAAAAGUCGUUGUAAUCGUGUUAUUAUUAUUUUUUUUUUCGUGUGUGUGUUGUUUUUGUUAUUAGUGGUGCUUCGCCCCCUUCCCCGCCCCCCUCGGUCUAUCGUGACGUUUUAACAAACUGAUUUUUUGUGAGUAUAAUUUCACAUUUUUUUGUUUUUUUUAGAGAGAAAAUCUUUUUUUUUUGCUUCAAGCAUAAAUUACCGUACUUGCUGUGUGUAUAUCUGGCUGAGUAGCCGUUGUUUACCUCGGUAUCUUGUCACCAAGCUGCUUCAGCGGGCAGCGGUCGGCUUAUCUACCAAGUCUUGACUUUAACUGCGACUAAAUGUCUGCUCCAUCUCUUUACGGGUAACUUUAGAAAAGACAUCGGAGAAUGCUUUUCUGCGUAUUUUUUUCUGCCAUGCAUCGACUCUUAACUGAAAGCUGCCAAAGCUGUGAUUAACCGCAAGCUGAUAGAAGCUAGCAACAGAAGAAAGAGAACCAUUUGAUGGAAGAAAAGAAAAAGAAAAAACAAGAAGAAAAGACCAAGAAGGACGUCGCGCAGAAAAAGGCUGCUGAUCAGAAACCCAAAGUGCCAGAGCCUGCUCCCAUUAAGCCCAGUCCCGGCCCAUCCCACCACCUCCACCCCGCCAGCCCCACGCUGCCCCUCUCCUCCUCCUCCUCUUCUGGCAAUGGCAAGCGCGCCUCCUGCAGUAGCCAGCUCCCGACUCAGACUCCCCCUCAGCAGCAGUGCCAGUUGUCCUCUGCCAGUGCUCGCUACCCGCCCAGAGAGGUGCCCCCACGCUUCCGUCAGCAGGAGCACAAACAGCUACUGAAGAGAGGCCAGCCACUGCCUGCAGGAGCCCUCAGCGCUCUCACUAUCUCCUCCUCCUCUUCCUCCUCCUCUUCACCCUCAUCAUCUUACUCUUCCUCUUCUACGAGUACCAGCAGCACUACCCCAAACUCUGCCACGUCCACUGCGGGCAACCACCACUCAGACAUAUCUCUUCAGAGUGGCCCUGGUGCCCAGUAUGAAAUCUCUCAUUGGGGAACCUCUGUACCGAUUGACAGCCCCUCCAGUGCCAACAGCUGGGACAAAGUGAUUAUUGACGGAAGUGACACAGAAGCUUGGCCCUCCAUCAGCCGCAGUAGUGACCCCAGCCACCCUGCAACACCAGAAUGCCCCUUGGGCUCAGCUAGCUCUAACCUAGAGACCAGUGCUGUCACUACCACCAGUAGGAGUAGUUUUCUGAGUAUGGCCACAGGUGCCGCAGGCCAGCAGGCCCACUAUCCUUCUCUCAAAGCUAACAAUAACAUGAUGACAGGACCUGGAUCAACCAACACAUUGGCAGGUAAUAGAGGCUGGGGCUCAGAUGGGAAACAAGAUGGUAUGAACGGUGGCCGAGGAGCGCCCAACAACUGGGGCUCUCCCAAUUUUAACUUGAACCUCAACCCUAAUGCCAACCCCUCUGCCUGGCCUGUUCUGGGCCAUGAGGGUGGUGGAGGAGGUGGCAUUGGCCCCAAUGGGGUGUCCAAUUCUUCAACUCUCCCGCCAGGUAUAAAUGGCAAUGGAAACAUGGGGAAUGGGAGCCUGGGAAAUGCGGAUAAUGGUGGGGGAGGUUGGGUUGGCAUGAUAAGUGCUAACGAAAAUGAUCAACAGCACCCUUCAACCAACACAAACUUGUCCUUCAAUAUGCAGCCUGCUAACCUUAACACUGACGGACCAAACCACACUAAACAGCAGCAACAAGCUCAGGAGCCUAUGAGCCCUAUCCAUGGCUUAACUGGCUGGGGAGGCCAGUCACCCACUGAAUCAUCCCAGCUCAAUGGGGACACAACAGGCAGCUCUGUAUGGGGUAGUGGAGAAACCAAGGCAGCUGAAUCCCCUAAGGACUCAGGCUGGGACUCAACUCCUUCUGGAGGUCUUUCUGCCUGGGGCCGCCAAGGCAGUGGUGGAGGAAGUAGUGGAAGUGGUGGCUGGGGUGACUGGGGAAAAUCCUCUGGUGGUGGAGAUGCAACUAAAGGCUGGGACUCAGUAGAUGCUGGUAGUUCGGGCUCCGGCCAGGAGCAGCAACUUAGCUCAUGGGGCCAGCAGCCUGGAACAGCCCCAGCAAGUGAAGAUAGUGGGGACAGUAGUGAAGGUCGAUCCCAUCGCAGAGACAGACCCUCCAGCGUGGAAUUUGCCCCUGUCCUACCCCGGCAGGACCUGGACCCCCGAGUGCUGAGUAACUCGGGUUGGGGACAGACCCCCAUCCGACAGCACACUGUAUGGGAGAUGGAAGAAGUCAACUCUGAUGAUGGGAAGAGCACUAGCAGCUCAGACACUAUAGGAGCCUCCAGCUCUAAUGGUGGACCUUCAUCAAGCAAUGGAGGUACAAUUAACCCCAACAUUGGUCCCAGUCAGAGGCCUGGGUCUGGAGGAAAAAGUGACAGUGAAGGAUCAUCCUCUGGCUGGGGAGCCCCCCCACCUCAGCCAAUCCAGACUGGAUCAGGAUGGGGCGACACCCCACAUUCACUCAGUAAAGCCCCAAAUGGCACUACCAGUGGCUGGGGAGAUCCUUUGCCUACCAAUGGUCCUAAAAAUGGGGGCACACCAUCCUGGGGUUCUGAGGACAAGUCACCCAGCUGGGAUCAAGGAAUGAUGAAAAGCCAGCCGACUAACUGGGGAGAGGGUCCCAAAAGCUCCCAUGGUUGGGGCAACAGUAAUGGGGGCACCAAUGGCUCCAGCACAGGGGACUGGGGAGAGCCAGACGUCAAGAAAAAUGGGUCUUCGAGCAGCAUGUGGGAAGGAGAAGGAGGUAAUGGAGGAAGUGGUGGCUGGAAGGAAAGCCCUAGAGGAGGAAACAGAGGAGGAAGCUGGGGUAAACCUACUCCUGCUGUAAGUAACAACAGCUGGGGGGAGACCCCACGUGCCAAUGGCCCAGUACAGGGAGGCUGGGGCUCUUCCAAGCCCCAGGAAAGCAGCAGCAGCAGCAGCACUGGCAGUGGAGGAGGUGGCAGCAUUGGUUCUUGGGGUGGUCCCGGUUCUGUAAAGCAGAGCAACUCUAGCUGGGGAAAUGCCAGCAAACAGGAUCAAAGCAUGGAGCCUACUGGCUGGGAAGAGCCCUCUCCUCCUUCUAUUCGCAGGAAGAUGGAAAUUGAUGACGGAACAUCCACUUGGGGUGAUCCCAACACCUACAACAAGACUGUCAACAUGUGGGAUCGAAACAAUCCCAACGGUAACCCAAGCAACAGCGGCCCACCUCCCAGUAAGAAUGGUGGAAUGAUUAUGCCCAACAAUAACAACAACAAUCACUCUGUUGUCCCCGGCAACAACAAUCACCAUCACCCUCACCACAUGCACCACCAUCCCCAUCAUGGCCAGCCCCCAACUCACCUGCAACACCAUGGAAACAACAAUGGGUCACCCAACAACACCACCUCACAUCCAGGUGCCGGCCCCCAGGGUAGACCUCCCCUCGCCAACCCAGGAUGGGGAGAGCUUCCCGGUGUUCAGCCCAAGUCAGAGCCUGCUUGGGGAGAGCCAGCAGCUCCACCGUCAGCUGUGGACAAUGGUACCUCUGCCUGGGGCAAGCCCCCAGGUGGGGUAGGAGGAUGGGGAGAUGGUGGCCAUGAGACCUCUGGCCCCUAUGGCAGGGCCAAUGGACCCCCAGGUUCUGCACCUUGCAAGCCAGGCCCCAAACCUAUGCAAGAUAGCUGGGGAAAUGGAGGAGAGGAGAUGGGUAUGUCUACCGGCCAAUGGGACACUGAGGAUGGGGACGUAUGGAACAGCCCCACCUCCCAGGAGAGCAGCUCUUCUUGCAACUCCUGGGGCAAUGGACCCAAGAAGUGCCCAAGCAAGGGGAAGAUGGGUAACAAGCCAGAUGAGGCUUGGAUCAUGAACCGUCUCAUCAAACAGCUCACUGACAUGGGCUUUCCGAGAGACCCUGCUGAGGAGGCACUGAAGAGCAACAAUAUGAACCUUGACCAGGCCAUGACCGCCCUGUUAGAGAAGAAGACGGACCUGGACAAGCGGGUCAUGGGCAUAUCUGAUUACAGCAAUGGCAUGAACAAGCCUCUUGUGUGUCGGCCCUCUGCACUCUCCAAAGACCCCUCCGACCGCACCACCUUUCUCGACAAGGAUGGUGUCCUGUCAGAUGACGCCCCCCCAUCACCAUUUCUGCCUUCCCCCAGCCUGAAGCUCCCCCUGGCCAACAGUAGCCUUCCUGGGCAGGGUUUGGGACAGGGCAAUCCGGGGCUGGCCAUGCAAAACUUGAACAACAGACAGAUACCCAGUGGAAUGUUUGGCAGUAGUGGAGCAGCACAAACCCGGGCCAUGCAGCAGCAGCCUCCUCAGCCACCAGUGCCACCUCUCAGCUCCUCCCAGCCUAGUCUACGUGCUCAAGUGCCUCAGUUUCUCUCCCCUCAGGUCCAAGCACAGCUCUUGCAGUUUGCAGCAAAAAACAUUGGUCUGAACCCUGCACUUUUAACCUCACCAAUAAACCCUCAACAAAUGACCCUGUUGUACCAACUUCAGCAACUGCAAAUGGCGUACCAGCGUUUACAAAUCCAGCAGCAGAUGAUGCAGGCGCAACGCAAUGUUUCCGGCCCCAUUAGACAACAAGAGCAGCAAGUUGCACGUACAAUCACCAACAUGCAGCAGCAGAUCCAGCAGCACCAGCGUCAGCUGUACCAGGCGCUGCUGAUGAAGCAGCAGCAACUUCCCUCUCAUUCCUCCUCUUCCUCCUCUUCGUCCGCUGGUCUGCAUCCCCCCGGUGGCCCUGCUGGAGGCCCUGGCUCCGGCAAAUCAACCCUGGACCCCUUCACAGGCCCACACCAGGCUCCGGGCCUCUCCGACACACUGCACACCAAAGAGCCGCCGUCUUCGCCCAACGCCUACAGCACCUACCCUCUCUCUGGACUGAAUCCAAACAUGAAUGUAAACUGCAUGGAGGUUGGGGGUCUGUCCCUGAAGGAGCCCCCUCAGCCCCAAUCUCGCCUGUCCCAGUGGACACACUCCAACUCCAUGGACAACCUCUCUGGCAACUCUUCAAAUUUGGAGAACAACCUCAAUAAGCACGGUGCCAUAUCUGCUGCCUCUUCCCUGGUCCCCCCUGGGAAGCCUCCCCAGCUGGAGGACUCAUACAGCCCUUACAAUCUAAUCUCCAGCUCUGAGUCCCCCACCAGCCCCCUGGUGCCCCCUGAUAGCUGGGGCCAGGGCAAGAGCCCCAACGAAAAGAUCUCCAACGGGACCAACAUUAACUGGCCCCCAGAGUUCUGUCCAGGGGUGCCAUGGAAGGGCCUUCAGAACAUCGACCCUGAGAAUGACCCCAAUAUGACCCCUGGCAGCGUCCCCAGCGGUCCCACCAUCAACACCAACAUCCACGACGUCAACAGAUACCUGCUGCGAGACAGGAAUGGAGGUAAACUGUCUGACAUGAAAUCCACCUGGUCUCCAGGACCCAUCUCUCAGAGCCAAGCCUCUCUGUCCCACGAGCUGUGGAAAGUCCCUCAGGGGCCACGCAACACCACAGCUCCAUCACGGCCCCCGCCAGGCCUCACCAACACCAAGCCCUCCUCCACCUGGGGUGGCAACUCACUGGGCCUGGCCCAAGGCUGGAGUGGCUCGUACUCCUCUGAGGGAACCACGUGGAGUACCGACAGCUCCAACAGGACCAGCAGCUGGCUGGUGCUGAGGAACCUCACCCCACAAAUUGAUGGUUCCACUCUGCGGACCCUGUGCAUGCAGCAUGGCCCCCUGAUCACAUUCCAUCUCAACCUGACCCAGGGGAACGCUGUGGUGCGCUACAGCUCCAAGGACGAGGCUGCCAAGGCCCAGAAGUCCCUGCACAUGUGUGUGCUUGGAAACACCACAAUCCUGGCGGAGUUUGCCGGCGAGGAGGAGGUGAACCGCUUCUUUGCACAAGGCCAGUCGCUGGGGGCAAACACCACGAGCUGGCAGGCCAACCCGGGAACCAAUCAAAACCGGAUGGGCGGAGCGACGCAGUCCCACUCCAUCGGCCAGUGGAGCAGCGGCGGCGGCGGCGGCGGAGGCAAGGCCAGCGGAGGCGACCUGCUGUGGGGCGGCGUGCCGCAGUACUCCAGCCUGUGGGGACCGCCCAGCGGAGAGGACGCCCGUGUGAUUGGGAGCCCCACCCCCAUUAACACCCUGCUGCCUGGAGAUCUGCUGAGUGGGGAGUCCAUGUAGGAUGAUGCCACGAUACACUAACCAACCAACCAACCAACCUACCCACCCACCGCCACCAUGUCAUGUAAGCCAAUGGUGGAGGGUGGGGCGGAGAAGAAGAAAAAAAAAGCAAAACAACAAAAAAAAAUUUCAUUAUGAACAGGAGCAAAACCCAAGCAAAUCAUGUGGCGAUAAUCAGUAUCAAUUUGAACUGUUUUUGAACUGUGAAUUGUGAAUCAGGAGGCUGGGGUCCCCACCACACAGACUGCAGACCCCAGUCCUUCUGCUUUACUUUGGUCCUUUUUUUUUAUUUCUUUUACCAUUUUUGAGGAAAAAGAAUCUACUUUUUCUUUUUC